GCCCCUCCCCUUGCCCAAUUCGCAUUCGCAGCCAUCUUCUUGUAAUUCUGCACCCUCCGUUCGCUUCUUUGCUCUCUUUGACCAACUCUGUCAAUCGACACUUGCUGCCACUACUUUUAAUCAACAACCCUCCCCACACUUUUAGUUCAUCAUGAAGGCUCUCAUUCUUGUCGGCGGUUUCGGUACCCGUCUGCGUCCUCUUACGCUCACUCUCCCCAAACCGCUGGUCGAGUUUGGCAACAAGCCCAUGAUUGAGCACCAAGUCGCCGCGCUCGCUGCCGCCGGUGUCACCAACAUUGUCCUCGCCGUCAACUACCGCCCCGAGAUCAUGACUGCUGCCCUCGCAAAGUACGAGGAGCAAUACAAUGUCAAGAUCGAUUUCUCCGUCGAGACCGAGCCUCUCGGCACCGCUGGACCUCUGAAGCUCGCCGAGAAGAUUCUCGGCAAGGACGACACUCCCUUCUUUGUGCUGAACUCGGACGUCAUCUGCGAAUACCCCUUCAAGCAAAUGGCCGACUUCCACAAGGCGCACGGUGAUGAGGGCACCAUCAUUGUCACAAAGGUCGAGGAGCCCUCAAAGUACGGUGUCGUUGUCCACAAGCCCAACCACGCUUCCCGCAUCGAUCGCUUCGUCGAGAAGCCUAUUGAGUUUGUCGGCAACCGCAUCAACGCCGGUAUCUACAUCCUCAACCCCAGCGUUCUCCAGCGUAUCGAGCUCCGCCCCACAUCCAUCGAGCAAGAGACUUUCCCCUCCAUGACCAAGGACGGCCAAUUGCACUCGAUGGAUCUCGAGGGCUUCUGGAUGGACGUUGGUCAGCCCAAGGAUUUCCUCUCCGGAACUUGCCUGUACCUUUCUUCCCUCACAAAGAAGGGCAGCAAGGACCUCACAUCCACCUCCGAGUCAUAUGUUCACGGCGGCAACGUCUUGAUCGACCCUUCAGCAAAGAUCGGAAACAACUGCAAGAUUGGCCCCAACGUUGUCAUUGGCCCCAACUGUGUGAUUGGUGAUGGUGUCAGACUACAGCGCUGUGUCUUGCUCUCAAACUCAAAGAUCAAGGAGCACGCCUGGGUCAAGAGCACGAUCGUUGGCUGGAACAGCGUCGUCGGUCGUUGGGCUCGUCUUGAGAACAUUUGCGUUCUCGGUGACGAUGUCACUGUUGGCGACGAGAUCUACGUCAACGGUGGAAGUGUUCUCCCUCACAAGACUAUCAAGGCCAACGUCGACACUCCCUCGAUUAUCAUGUAAAGUCGCCUCCUGCUUUGCCGACUUUGGAGUUUUGGGAAUGUCAAUUUCAUGAUGAGAAAAGAGAAAAAAGCGCGAUUGCAUACGAAGACAAACCAUCUUCAUUACUGGGACAGGGGAUAUAUAUGUGGUUGUAUCUUAUUCCAGGGACUCCACGACUGGCGUUGUUGUUAUACUCUACCUAUCUUGGUUUUCUCUUCUUCUGAUACCGAGGGAUUGGGGUUCAAGACGAGAUUUGCGUCUUUUUGGACUUGGACUCUACAGCCUUUGUUUCGUUGCCUAUAUCCAAUGUACAUUUGCUUCUCCCUGUUUUCUUCGAGUGCGCCAGGGUCUGUUUCCGCCCACCAAGGUCAUGAGAACCGUGCACUGUGUCUUGGCAGGGGUAUAAGCGCUUCCGAUUCAAUUUGGACGCAUCGAUCACAACCUUUGUUGCAGCGUGUUUUCGUGCUUGAAAAUUCGCUGCAAAAUUGCAAGAUU